ACUACCGAAUUCAAAAGUUUUCACAAAGAGAACGCAUUAAUCUUUACUUCAAAGUGAUUAUUUUUCUUAUUCGAAUACAUCUACCAGACUGAUGGGACAGCGAAAAAAUUGUUUUUGGACCCAUGUUGAGCCGAUUUGCAGAUGACGUCACAGUAUUCAAAGUCGUUGACAUGAUGGCAGACAAAUAGACAAUGGGUAUACUUGAAAAUCUACAAACGGAUCACUUUGCAACAAAUAUGACAAAAGAAACAUGGAGAUUAUGUUGACGUAAGAAAUUAAAGAAGUAACAUGGAAAUGAACUUUGCAUCGUCAGUGAUAACAUUUGCUAUGCUUAUGAUUUAUAGCAUUUGUAAUGCUCACCAGGAUUCCCAGAAGAGCCAGAUUUUAUUCGAACACCUCUUAAAUUCCUCGAGAUAUAACCCUGACGUCAUACCUAUUUGUGGAAACGGAAGUAAUGUAACAGUCAAAGUUGGCUUGGCGAUAAGAGACAUAGUAGAACUGAUAGAAGUGGAACAGAUUAUUAGAUUGAAAGUUUGGAUGCGACUUAAAUGGGUCGAUUGCAUGUUAAGGUGGGACCCAAUAAAAUUUGACAACCAGACUAUAAUCGUUUUCCCCUCUGAAAAUAUUUGGAUCCCUGAUAUAACCCUAUUUGAAGCAGUUAGUGAUGAAGCAAAUAUGCCUGGAAUGGAUAGGUUUCGGGCUAUAGUGAAUUAUAAAGGAGAAGUGGCUUAUAACUUUGCCACCAUUGUUACCAGUGUAUGCCGAGUCGUAGUGACUUAUUUCCCCUUUGACCACCAGGUCUGUAGGCUUACCUUUGGCUCGUGGGUAUAUAGUGGUACAAAGCUGGAUUUGGAAAGAAACGGAAAAGUAGCGGAUAUUGCUAUUUUCCAAGAGCACAAUGAAUGGUUUUUAGAGGGAUCGAAAUUAGGAAAAAAGGUGCAGUACUAUUCAAAUCGUCCCGAUCCUUAUCCCGACAUAUAUGUCGACUUUUACCUGAGGCGAAAACCAGUAUUUUAUGUAGUGACUCUAAUAUUCCCCUGCUUUAUAAUCACGGGAUUAACUUUCAUGGGGUUUGUCCUACCUCCAGUCUCCGGAGAAAAGAUUUCCCUACAGAUGACAGUCCUUCUUUCACUAACUGUGUUCCUUUUCCUUGUGCAGGACAAACUUCCGUCAGACUCCGACCACUUUCCGUACCUUGCAAUAUACUUUGCCUGUUCGAUGCUGUUAGUGUGUUUGUCGAGUAUAAUGUCUGGUAUAGUUAUGCAUGUGUACUACAAAUCACCAGAAAGACACCAAAUGCCCCGUUGGGUACGCAAUGUUUUUAUAGAUAAACUCAGAAAGUUAGUAUUCGUAAAAUCGGAGAAAGUUUUAAACACAUCAGAAGUCAUUGUCAAGCAGAUUCGAUGCAUGCGCGCAAUAGACGAACCGACUGCAUUAAAGUACGCUGAAAGUCACCACGCACGCAAAGACAUUCAGAUACAUGAUCCCAAAACUUUGGAGUCGAGGAUUACCGAGAAAAAUGGUGGUACCCAUCGGACUCCCGAGGAAAUUGCUGGAAAGUCCCAAGGGAACUCUUUGGAAAACAUAGAAACAGACGGGCAAGAAGACGAUGUUCAAAGCCAUGAUAUAAAUGAUUGGGAACUUCUAGCCUUUAUUCUUGAUCGAUUCUUUAUGGUACUCUAUGUUACCUUGAAUGCUAUAACUGCGACGACUUUUCUUACCAUUGUGAUAAGCUAUGAUGGUGGGGAGAAAAUGGAUUGGUCUCGGAUAAUUUUUUUCGUUAUUUUUACCAUCGAGAGUUUUGGUCAAGACAUUAAACCGGAGAGUUUGGAUUUAUUUGAAUAUCUCCUAGAUUCUUCCAGAUACAGUCCUUACGUUAUACCGCUGUGUGGAAACCAAACCCGUGUUACAGUAAAAAUUGGAACAGCAAUACGUGAUAUUGUAGAAAUGACUGAAACGCACCAAAGGGCUCGCCUGAACAUUUGGGUUCGAAUGACUUGGACAGACUGCAUGUUAAAGUGGGAUCCGUCUAGUUUUCAGAACCAAACAGAGAUUAUCCUUCCCUUUGAGAGAAUCUGGAUUCCAGAUGUAACUGUUUUUGAGGGAAUUAGUAAUGAGGCCAACAUGCCGGGGUUAGACCAAUACCGAGCUGUGGUAUCAAACAACGGUGAAGUCAGGUACAAUUUUCCUACCAUCAUAACAAGUGUAUGCCGAGUUAUAGUGACAUAUUUCCCCUUCGACCACCAGGUCUGCAAUCUGACUUUCGGUUCUUGGGCGUAUAGUGGUACACACUUAGACUGGCAAUCGGACGGGGAUGGCACCGAUAUGUCUCUUUUUGAACUCCAUAAUGAAUGGGACUUGGUCAGAACUAAAUCUGUCAGACGAGUAGUGUAUUAUUUAUGUUGUGUAGAUCCAUACCCCGAUGUAUUAUUCCAUAUCCAUAUCAGACGAAAACCUGUAUUUUACUUGGUGACCAUCAUAUUUCCCAGCUUUCUGAUCACAAGUUUAGCCCUAAUGGGAUUCGUCUUGCCGCCUGUUUCUGGAGAGAGAAUUGCUCUACAAAUGACUGUGCUAUUAUCGUUGUCUGUUUUUCUUGUCCUUCUUCAAGAGAAGCUGCCCUCCGAUUCGGACAAUAUACCUUACCUUGCAAUGUAUUUUUCGAUUUCUAUGCUCCUAGUGUGUGUAGCGUGUAUUAUGUCAGGAAUAGUUUUGUAUGUUCAUUAUAAAUCACCAUUGGAGAAAGAAAUGUCUUCUUGGGUCCAUGGCUUUUUUAUGGAAAGACUCCGGAAAAUAAUGAGAAUAGCAGCAACGGAAGUCCUGACGACACCGGAAGUUAUCAGCAAGCAGAUGCGCAGUAUGCAUGCUAUAAGUGAAGUGGCUGAAAGUCAGUCUGAACUAAAACGCUCUAAAGCAGGUAUAUCAGUGUUUUCAGAGGAGGGCAUUCUAGAAAUUUUGGAUGUUCGUGACUCUAAACAUGACGACAAAGGACAUACUAGCCAAAAGAAUAUUGAAACACCGAAUGUUACAAAGAGAAUGGUUUCGACUGACUGGGAACUUUUAGCAUUUAUUCUUGAUCGGUUCUUUAUGUGGAUUUAUCUUAUGAUGAAUGUUGUGAACGGAAUAGUAUUCCUUGUUACUAUAACAAGUUACAAUGGGGAUGAUCAGAUUAUCUAGCUUUCAAACUUUAAUUCGAGAAGACAUUUUGUAGAUUAUAUGAAAUUGUGGUUAAUCCAUUUUAAAGUAUAUAUAUUUUGUAUUUUUAAAACAAGAAUUUUAUUUUCAUAGUUUGUUCAUAAAAAAUAUGUGGAAUUAAAAAAAAAUGUGACUCCCGAA